AACGUAGAACCAGAAGAACUUAUACAGUUAUCAAUGCCUGAUUUUAUGCAAAGCAACAAAAGUUUUACUGUCCUUGAUUACUAUAAUGAUUAAAUGACUAGGUUACAUAACAAGCGUGUUUGUAUGGGGUUUUCCCUGUGUGACAGUGACUAUCAUACACACAUCUAAACGUACUUGCACGAGUCCGCAAACAUCUGGUUCUGUAAAAGAUUGUAAAAGAAGGAAACAAUUUAGGUUAUUGUCAAUGUACUGUAAAGUUAAACAUUUGCCUUAUCCACAUUCCACUUUCCACAAGACUGAAAGAAAUGGACGGAGGGAGAAAGAGAAAUACCCGAUAUCCAUGAAUUCACAGUUUACCAUUCAGCAAUUAUAACUUUCGUUUUUGUAAAAAGUCCAUCGUUGUUUUGUAAUGAAAUUCUCUGUAAUCUCUGACAGUUGAAAUGUGCGGCUGUUGACUGAGUUGUACAAAGGCUACCAGACCAAACUACACUAGAGUGUAUGGUACUGAAUCAUUUAAUGCCAAAAAAGCCACACCCCCCGUGACGUCUCGCGCAAGGCUUUAAAGACGCGUGCAGUUUAAAAACGAGACCCUACAAAUUCUCAUCAUUACGCGUUUGUAGCUGUCAGAACCACUACACUGAAAACAGAAGACAUGCUGGUAUCUUUUCAUAAACUGUGUUAUUCACUGCUCAUCCUGCUGAGUGUGGUACUCUGCAGUAAAGGUGAUGGGAAUGGCUGUGAAGACUGGACUAUAUCGGGUCAAGAUGUGUGCUGCAAAAAAUGCAAACCAGGGAACCGCUUGGUGAAACCUUGUGGAAAAGACCCAACAUUGCUCUGUACCCCCUGUAAACCCAACCAUUACACACUCAAUCCUAAAAGUUACUCUUGCUCGAUAUGUACCCAAUGUGAAGAUCCACAGUUUACUCUUAAAGAGUGCAGUACCGUGAGCGACACAGUAUGCGGAUGCAAGGAUGGUUAUCAGUGUGGAAACGAGAAAUGUUCAUUCUGUGUUACGAAAUGCGGAGUGGGAGAGGAACCGCAUUUCCGAUCCUGUAGAAAAUGUCCUGAAGGGACGUUCAAUGACAAAAUCCACAGUAUGUGCAAAAAGUGGAAAGAAAGUUGUCCUAAUGGCCAAAAUCUGAAGACCAUUGGCAACGCAUCAAGGGACCACCAGUGCAUAUCGAACAAUGAAAUUCCAUUGCCUGAAGAUGACAAGAAAAAGAUAUUCAUAGAGCCUGACGACAACUCCUUGCAUGUUAUUAAUAGGGAAAAUAAGGAUGAGAUCAAAUGGAUUCCAGUCGCUAUUGCUGGAGGUGUGGCAAUGUUGGCUGUUCUUUGUAUCAUAGCGUCAGUGAUUUCAUGCGUUAAAGCACAAAAAAUAUCAGAGAAGCAAAAACUUGAUACAACAUCUGACCAAGAGGUGUCUGAAGAUUCCAGGGUUAUGGUGGAGCAGGAGGCCUGUAGUUUUCACCAUCCGGAGCAGGAACAGGGCGGCAGCUCCGAAUCCAUCAACACGCAGGACUCGGCGUCGAAACUCAUAGUGUGAGUUCAUGGGACAGAUACAUUUUUGACUGUACGUGUCAGCUGCCGUGCCAACUGAUUAAUGGGACCAAAGAUUAGAAGGACCUUUUCUUGCACAUGGAGGUGUAUGUGUUAAUGUAGGCGUGCAGCAGACACAACGUUGACGUGUCUAAGAGUAGGCGACAUGUGUCGCUGCUUGCGUCAUAUUGUAAUGUCAAAAGCCUUUUGAAAAAAAUACCCUGGUGGGCUUCCCCAUAUUUCUGUAAAACAGCAUCAUUUACUGUCUUGAAAUGUUACUUUUUGUUUAGUUGAGAAUUGUCAGAGAGAUACUUGGUUUAAGAGGAUUAACCAAAUCAGAUAAUGAUCACAUCAUAGAGGAAGUGCGCGCAUAGUAGCACGUUCCUCCGCUGACGUCUUAACUAGAGUGCAUACUACUGUUUUUUACUUUCUGUAUGAGCUUUUAGGAAUAUGUUAAUAUUUUAUACCUCAAAUGCACUGAGUCACUUUAACUGUAAGUUUGUGUAAAUGAAAGCAAUAUAAUGAUGUUUCUGUCUUACACUAUAAUAGCCUUUACUAUACAGCUUGUGUUGUAAGUUUGCAGUACAAUUAAAUCUGCCUGUUGAGGGAAUUCCUAAGAGUAAAUUCCUAACAGGGAAAUUUGAGAACUUAUGUAGUUAUUUGGAGAUAAACGGCUCUAAAAAUAUAUAGGGAGUUCCCCUGUUUAAUAUUGUAUGUCAGGUCACCUGUAACAUACCUGGCAUGGAGUAUAACACGUGAAUAAGAAUGAAUCAGAGAAUGACUUCUAGUUUCAUUUCCUCCCACAAGCAGAUGUGUUCGUGCUCCAACGUGUUAAAAUCAACGGGUUAACAAUCGGCUCCAAAAAGAUUUAUUAUCAGGGAGUCAAAACUACAAUAAGAACAUCAAGGUAAAGCUGGGGGCGAGCAAUGUGUUUUGUGCUCUAAAGGUCACCUGUUUAUGUGUCACCACCAUGAUUAUGCGGUGUUGACAUAGAUGUGUCAUCAUUUUAUUAUGCACAGUUUGUUGAUAAUAAAAAUUUAUUUUUGUACUUAUAUUGUAACUAACUUUUAAUCUUGGGUUUAUUUUCUAAUGUCAUAAUUUGUAUAAUGUGCCGUUUACACAACAAAUAAAUAUACCUCUUUCAAACUGAAA